AUGGAGGGCUUCCGCAGCUUCUCGCGGCCCUACCCGGACCUCUGGGAGCCCCAGCAGCCCAGCAGAGAGCGCGCGUCCUCGGCACGGCUGCGCAGGCCGGGGCACCUGACCCAGUCGGAGCGGGGCUCCUGGGCCGGGUCUCCGGACGAGGGGAGCGAGACGACGGCUCCCUGGACGCCCCCGUGCUGCUCGCCCACGCCACGGCCUCGCCGACCCCGGUCCCCCGACUCGCCGAGGGAAAGCCGCAGCCUGAGCGAUGUGGCCAGGAGGUCCCUGGACCGCAGAAGGAAGCACAGGCCCCGCAGCUGUCGCGUUCCAGACGCCUGGGGGGAGCCAAGGACGCAGCCCCAGCCGGUGCGGGGCAGCCAGCACAGCUCGGCCUGGCGGCACCAGCCCCCGCUCUGCCAGCACUGCCCUCCGGGCCAAGGAGAUUCGCCCCCACCGGCCCCCGAGGACGCUUGCACUCCGUUAGGUGGAACUUUCCGCGCAGAAAACGGGCAGAGCGGAGAUCUGUGGGCAGUGCCGGCCUGUGGAAGUCUAGGUCGCUGGUCCCUUUCCUCAGUUCCCUCGGAGAAGUCGUCAGCACCCUCCCAAGAGUUCAGGAUGCUGUCCGCUUGUGUGUGCUCCCCAAAGAGGGACAGCAGUGACCGGGAGGUGUCAUUAGCCAGCCAGCACUCCCAGCCCCGCAUCUCCAACAAGGAGAUGAAGAGCCGGCACACCCAGAUCCUCCAGAACAAGCUGGAAGAGGCCGUGGUGUCCUCCAGGGACCAGAAGAUUGUGGCCCUGGUGUUGGUCCGGCUGAAGAAGGCGCAGAGGAUGCGGGAGUUGCAGCAGCAGGCGGCGGUGGCCUGGGAGGAGCUCAAGCGCUCGGACCAGAAGGUCCAGCUGACCCUGGAGAGGGAGCGCAAGCUGCUCCUGCGGCAGAACCGGGCCCAGUGGCUGGGGGAGAAGCAGCAGCAGCACAAGACUCGUCCGAGCCUGGAGCAGCGCGUCUCCUGGCCUCGGGACAGCCAAGCCAAGAACAUGGAGAAGCAGGAGAACCAGGGGAAGGCACCAUCGGGGGUCCAGGAGACCCAGCGCCAAGACAAGCUAGAGAGGGCCCGCCCUGAAGCCGAGCUCAGGACGCAGGGGCAGGGUCCCCAGGACCACGAGGAGAUGCCGCAGGGCCGGCAGGGGCCCGACAGCCUGGAGGUGCAGAAGAGGAUGGAGCAGGCCCGUCGCAAGAAGCAGCUGCCCACCGCUGCGGGCCAGAAGAAAGCCCGGGAAGCCAACCUCAGCUCCCUAGUCAAUUACCAGGCCCGGAAGGUGCUCAUGGACUGCCAGGCCAAGGCCGAGGAGCUCCUGCGGAAGCUGUCGCUGGAGCAGAGUUCCCAGCGGUCCCAAGAGAUCUCCCGGGGCCUGAUUAAGGAGCGUAACCGAGAGCUGAGGGACAAGAUCCGAAGGGAUGAGGAGCAGUACCAGCAGGUCAAAUUGCGCGCGGAAGAGCUGGAGCAGCAGAGGAAAGCACGCAAGCAGCUACUGGUGGAGCUGGCGGACCACAGGAUCCAGCAGGCCAGGAACCACGUGCACAAGAGCGUCAGGGACAAAGCGCAGCACCUCCGAGAGCUCCACAUUCUGCGGGAAAAGAAUCAUCACAUCCUAAAGCUGAAAGCCGAGAAGGAGGAAAAGAGCCACGUCGAGGGCAUCAAGGAAGCCAUUAGGCAAAAGGAGGAGAGGAUGGCGCAGCUCUCCCGAGAAAAAGAGGCCACCUUUGAGAAAUUCCAAAGGGUCUCCAGGAGGGACAACAGCGCCUUCGAUCGGCCGGCGGGGAAGGCCCAGCUCCUCGCUGGCCAGCCCCAGGGGGGCUACUGGGAACCUGAGGGCGAAUAG